AUGGCAGAACAAGAAUCAGACAAGAACAUCGAGAUCUGGAAAAUCAAGAAACUAAUCAAAGGCCUAGAAUCCGCAAGAGGCAACGGAACAAGCAUGAUCUCACUCAUAAUGCCGCCACGUGACCAAGUGGCACGUGUCACCAAGAUGCUCGCCGACGAAUACGGAACCGCUUCAAACAUCAAGUCCCGAGUCAACCGCCAAUCAGUCCUCUCCGCCAUCACUUCAGCACAGCAAAGACUCAAACUUUACAACAAAGUCCCACCAAACGGCCUCGUCCUCUACACAGGCACCAUCGUCACAGACGACGGUAAAGAGAAGAAAGUCACUAUAGACUUUGAGCCUUUUAAACCCAUCAACGCCUCUUUGUAUCUUUGUGAUAAUAAGUUCCACACUGAGCCUUUGAAUGAGCUUUUGGAGAGUGAUGAUAAGUUUGGGUUUAUUGUGAUGGAUGGGAACGGGACUUUGUUUGGGACGUUGAGUGGGAAUACAAGAGAGGUUUUGCAUAAGUUUACUGUUGAUUUGCCUAAGAAGCAUGGGAGAGGAGGACAGUCUGCGUUGCGGUUUGCUAGGCUUAGGAUGGAGAAGAGGCAUAACUAUGUGAGGAAAACAGCUGAGCUUGCUACACAGUUUUAUAUCAAUCCAGCUACGAGUCAGCCUAAUGUCUCUGGUUUGAUACUCGCUGGCUCGGCGGAUUUCAAGACGGAGUUGAGUCAGUCUGAGUUGUUUGAUCCUCGUCUUCAGGCUAAGAUAUUGAAUGUGGUUGAUGUUUCUUACGGAGGGGAGAAUGGUUUCAACCAGGCUAUUGAGCUCUCUGCGGAGAUUUUGUCAAACGUGAAGUUUAUUCAGGAGAAGAAGUUGAUUGGGAAGUACUUUGAGGAGAUUAGUCAAGACACAGGGAAGUAUGUUUUUGGGGUUGAUGAUACUUUAAAGGCGUUAGACAUGGGUGCUGUUGAGACACUUAUUGUGUGGGAGAAUCUUGAUAUCAAUAGGUAUGAGUUGAAGAACAACACCACAGGGGAGAUAGUGAUUAAGCAUUUGGGGAAGAAUCAGGAGAAUGAUCAAGGGAAUUUCCAUGAUGCGGAGAGCAAUGCGGAGUUGGAAGUUGUGGAGAAGAUGCCUCUGCUUGAAUGGUUUGCUAAUGAGUAUAAACGUUUUGGUUGUACGCUUGAGUUUGUGACUAAUAAGUCACAAGAAGGGUCGCAGUUCUGUAGAGGUUUUGGUGGGAUUGGUGGGUUGUUGAGGUACCAGCUUGAUAUGAGGACUUUUGAUGAGUUAUCAGAUGGUGAAGUGUAUGAAGAUUCUGAUUAA